GACAGCAGCGAGCACGCGCAGCUGGCGGGAAAAACACCCGGAUUACAAACACGUCCCGAAACUUUGAUGGAUAUUUUAAUUAAUAAAAUGCUAAUUUAAGCUUUUUUUAAAGCGUUGUUAUUGUGGAUAUUCAGUAUCUGACGGGAUAAUGGUUCAAAUAGUCAUAAGAGGCAGUGUGGACGGCAGCAGUCCUCCAGAGUGGCUGCUGGUGGAGCUGCAGGGAGAGGUGGUGUCCAGACACAACUCUGGUCUGGCAGGAAACGUGAUGGGAGACCUGCUCUACACCAAAGAGGGGGUGCCGGUGCUGAUCGUAGGACAUCAUAUUCUGUACGGGAAGCAGGUCAAACUGGAGAAACCCUUCGCCGUCCUCACCAAGCAUGCCGUCCAUUCACAAGAUAGCGGCAAUAGCAACGAUGACGUCACACAGGUACCCAUGGAAACGGACCAGCAAGGAGCCACCUCCACCUCCACCUCCACCUCUUACUCUGUGUCUGCCCUCAUCAAACGGAAGCUGAUCUUCAAGACGCGCCCCAAACCGAUCAUCACGAAUGUACCCAAGAGGGUGUGAGCAUGACGGCGACACCGGCCUGUGAUGAUAAACUGAUCCAUGUGACCUGUGCGGGACAUUUUAAACCCGUUUGAUCAAUACCACACCUCUUAUUGAUCACCUGUUUGAACGGCACGAUGACGAGAUGGGUUACUGAAUGAUUGUAAGACUUUUCUGUUGAGACAAAACAAAUGUUUCAGUCCAUACAUACAAACAUUGUCCACUAGAUGGCAACCUUAUUAUUUAUUUCAUCGUGACAGGAGGUGGGUCCUUCCAAAAUACCAUAAAUUCACUUUAAGUUGAUAACCUGAGUUCAUAGUUUUCAGAUAAAGUGUGAGCAAACGUCCACAACAUAAACUGACUGUUUCAGGAGAUGUCUAAUAAAAACCUGCUCUGUUCACUCACCGUGUCCGCCUC